AUGCGCGUGACUGUUUCCCUGUGCAGUGGGCGCGAGGUCGGGACGCUUGACGCACAGCCGUGGUGGUGCUUGCGCCAUGUGCUCGAGGCGACAUCGGAGCCGGGCCUGGCCAGCGGCAGCUGGCGCGUCUUCCUCGGCGCCGUGGAGCUGCGCGGGGAUGCGACGCUGGCCCAGAUCGGGGCACAGGACGGCAACAGCUUGACGCUCGUGGUGACGAGGGAGCUUCGCGUAGCGGUUGCGCACGCCGACCUGGUUGAGAUCUAUUCGGGUGGGCCCAGCGAGUAUCAGUGCUCGUGCAAGCUGGAGGCCCACGAUGGCGCGGUGCAGUCUGCGACUUUUUCACCCGACGGGGGACUGGUAUUGACGCUCCUGCGCACGCUGGAGGGCCACGGUGACUCCGUGGUGUCCGCCACCUUCUCGCCCGACGGGCGGUGGGCGCUGACGGCCUCUCUGGACCGGACGGCGAAACUGUGGUCGGUCGCUUCCGGGGACCGCCCUAUCUCGGCGGCAAAGGUAUCCAUGCAGGAAUCUGCCAUCUCGGAUGGCUGCGGCUGCUGGGUGUGCUCGAGCACUUCCUGCAGGUCCCUGAGCUUCGAGAAACGGUUAUUAGCGUUGCCGGCCCUAGCAAUGAGCUCCCUGGCCAUGUCCCACUCAGCGACGGCUAUUGGCCUGGCGGUCCUGAUUCGUCAGCUUGUUGUCGUGCAGACGCUGAGGAGGCCUUGGCUGCACCGGCUCUUGCCUGUAGCUGUCGAAGACGGGUUGCGGGUGUUGACGGCCUCCGUCGACCAGACGGCAAGGAUUUGGUCCUGGUCCGGGGAGUCCUGGGAGUGCGCGUGCACGCUCAGGGGCCACCAGGACGAGGUGCGUUCUGCCGUGUUCUCAGUGGACGGGCAGAUGGCGUUGACGGCUUCCUCUGACAGCACGGCGAAGAUGUGGUCCGUCAGCUCCGGGCGGUGCGAACGCACCCUGCAGGGCCACCAGCGCGAGUUGCGCGAGGCUUCUUUCUCGCCCAACGAACAGCAGGUGCUCACAUGUUCUACGGACUGGACGGCGAAGAUCUGGUCCGCCUCCAGCGGUGAGUGCCUGAGCACGAUCGGAGACCACAGGUACCAGGUCAGCUGCGCCGUCUUCGCGCCGGACGGGUCUCAGGUGCUGACGGGCUCCACGGGCGGGGUGCUGAGGUUGUGGGCGCCCUCUGGCGGGCGGUUCCUGCGCACGUGGAAGGGGCACAAGUGCUACGUGGCGUCCGCCGCCUUCUCGCCCGACGGGCAGGAGAUCCUGACGGUCGACUGGGGCUCGUCAGCAAAGGUAUGGUCCGCUGAAUCGAGGAGGUGCUUGAUUACGAUACAGUGCAUGGCCGGCAGCUUGGCCCGCUUCUCGCAGUGA